GAGUUCAGAUCAGACAGACCCGGGCUGAGGUGGACCGGAACCAGAAGGGUGCAGUGGUACUGAUACAGUGUCAUCAUUCAGAACAUCAUUCUGGACUCUAGCGCUUCUUCCCGCCACUAGAAGGCAGCAGGGAGCCAUUUUGAAUCCUCCCCUGUCACGUGACCGGGCCAGUCCCUUCAUAGCUCUCUCGGCUAGCAGCUAGCUCACGGUUAGCAUUUCAUUCGGAGCAACACGGAAACAAACCCCGGCGGAGACUCCUCACCUCCCGCGGAACGUUUUCACUGGUAACCGGCGCUCCUCCACCGUCUCCUCCUCCCGGCUGUCCCCGGCUCUCCGUCCUCCUGGUCCAGGCCGUUAAACCUCAAACAUGUCGGCGGUGCAGCGGAUGAAAGUGGCGAACGAGCGGCACAGCAAGACCAUCACACAGCGGGGACACGUCCAGAAAACCUCGCGGCCUGUUAACGAGGAGAAGUCUCCGGUGGGCCCGUGGCUGCUCGCUCUGUUCGUCUUCGUGGUUUGUGGAUCAGCCAUCUUCCAGAUCAUCCAGAGCAUCAGGCAGGGCAUGUGAUGACCUUUGACCCUGCAGCCGAGCCCGACACAUGGCGCCAUCAUGACCCCGCCUACCACACACACACACACACACACACACACACACACACACUUGUUCCUGUGGAGUUUAAACUGAGCUGGUCUUUCUUCUCACUGUAACCCGACCUCUGUUCCUCCUCCCCUCCCCCCCCCUUUUUUUUUUUUUUUACUUCCUCCCGUGUUGAUGAAGCUGAUCAGAUAUUGGUUAUUGAUUGCUUGUCAGAUGAAGUCUUAACUCUUCUUCCUGUUUCUCUGACGCAGUCGUCCAGCUGCUUUUUAUUCUCUGCUCACACACGUUUGCUCGCUGGCGUUUGACUGAAGCUGAUGUUAGUGUCUUUAUUUUUCUGACUCUGAAUUUAAAGGAACGUUCUGCUCGAGAACCCAUCGUCGCUUUAACGUCACAUUAUUAAGAAAGAAGAAAUUCAAAUUGUCGCGGAGCCUCAACGAAUAAACAAAUGAAGGUCAUCAUUGAUAGAUGAGAUAAAUGAAAAACACAAAUGACUUCAAUCCAACUCUUCACUCCAGUUUUUCUUGUUUUCUCAUCACUUCCUCCAGAUAUUUCACAUUAAAAGUCUUCCAGCCUGAAUGUCAGCGAUAGACUUUUAAUAUGAAAUGCGUACAGGAAGUGUUGACAGCAGUUUGAAACCGAUGGAGGGACACUUGGUGAAUCUGCUCUUCCUGAUCGUUGUUCAGCUGCUGUCAACACUUCCUGUAAGUGUUUCACAAUAAAAGCCCGGCAGUUAUGGGUCGUCAGAUGGUCAGAUAGAUUUGGAGCAACAUGCUGCUUCUUCUGUUGUGUAACUCCACUUCUCAUUUCUGAAAUGAUGAUAAAAUGAAGAAGUCAGAUGUGUGAAACACAGAAGGAAUGUUUAAACAGGUAACGACAUGAAGCUCACACCAGCUGGACCGUUAGAUUAGUUGGAGUAGUGGAACAUGACAGAUCUGUCUGCAGGUCAAAGUGUCUUCGUCCGCAUCAUGUUCAUUCUGCUCGUCACACUUUAUAAAAGGGUGUUGAGGGUUUUAAUGAGCUUUUCUAAACAGACUGUAUGAGUCUGCAUGUAAACUGUCGAAGUGUAACAACAAAGAUGAAAAGUCGACUUGAAACUGAAGCUACAGCUUCUGUUGUGAGUUCUUUGUUUGUCGACACAGAACAAGACGUCUGCAGCGACCGAAGGACGGAAAGAAAAAGAGUUAAAACCUGAAAAAUAAACAGAACUAAAAUGAAAAAAAAGGACGUGACGUUCAGGAGUUAACGGUCUGAAAUCAGCAGUUUGGUUCCUUUAAAUCAGAGUUCUUCAUCUGUUUUGUUCUGGUCUCUGGUUGAAUCCAGACCGACAGGGUUUUAACGUUCUUGUUUUGAUGUAAAUGAAUAAAACGGUGAAGGUGAAGCUUCAGUCAAACUCUGGCCUCCACCAACACUUCACUGGACUGGUGUCGACGUGAAGAGACGGUCACCUGCUGGUUUUUUGAAGCAGUUGUUGGUUUAGUUGUUGGAAAGGUGAAGCAGUCAGAGAGGUGAAGAGCUCAGCGAGCCUCCUGCUGGACGACAUGCUCCGCUUUUAUACAAAAUAAACCACAGAUAUUUUUCUCUACA